AUGUCUGCUCGCAUCGUUCGAUCUUUGGCCCUGAGACCCUCUAUGCCCGCCAUCCAGCGCGGCUUUCGCACAACAGCUUCGUCUAGACAAAAUGAGAAAGAACCUGUUGGCCCCAACGCCUCUACAAAGCCCGAGGCAAAGGGUGGAAACUCGCAAAUGACCAUGUUUGCUGGAGUUGGCCUUGCUAUUGGUGCUGGCUUCUUUAUGCUCAUGUCGCGACCAGAAGUUGCAAAGGAUCAACCUGUCGAGGGCGUCACAAAGAAGCCUGUGAGCCCCAAAUAG